AAAUAUAUGGUUGGGGCUUGGGGCUUGGGGCUGUCACAUCUCACCCAUUUCAUACUUCCUCCGAUCUUCCUCGCGGCUUAUUAUGUUGUGUGGUUCACACAUACGCGUCUAAUUCGUAGUCUCUUUGCAAUUAUUUCUUAGGAAUUUCCCAAAGAAAGCUUCGAUUUAUAUAAGACGACCUUUUCAGAGGAUUUUAAUGGCGUUAUCUUCAACAUCAUCCAAUCAGAAGAGUUUUAAGUAUGAUGUGUUUCUGAGCUUUAGAGGAGUGGACACACGUAGGACCUUUGUUGAUCGUCUUUACGGUUCUCUUAAGCAGCUAAGUAUUCCCACCUUCAGGGAUAACGAGGAAUUUGAGAAAGGAAAACAGAUAGACGAGUUAUUCAAAGCAAUUGAAGAGUCAAAGCUCUUUAUCAUUGUCUUCUCCAAAAACUAUGCUUCUUCGUCUUGGUGCUUGAAGGAACUUGAAAAGAUUAUGGAGUGCCAGAGAAAGAUCGAACAUAUUGCUUACCCAAUCUAUUAUGACGUGGAUCUGUCGGAAAUCCGUAAACAAAUUGGGGAAGUUGGAGGAGCUUUCUCGAAGCAUAGCAACGAAGAGGUUGGAAAAUGGGAAGAGGCGGUGGAAGAAGCGGGGCAUCUUGUUGGGUGGGAUAUGAGAAACAGGGAAGAAGCUGAAGUCAUCAAUGAAAUUGUUGAACAAAUUUUACUCAAGUUACGCCCUAUUUAUUUGAGCAAUGAUGAAAAUCUAAUAGGCAUGGAACCCCGGAUGCUAGACCUGGAGUCAUCUUUAGGGCUUGGUUGGAACAAUGAUGUUCGCAUGAUAGGGAUCGUGGGGAUGGGGGGCAUUGGGAAGACAACUUUGGCCCGAGCUAUUUUUGAUAAAGUAUCUUUUCAUUUUGAAGGUAAAAGCUUUGUAGAGAACAUCAGGGAAGUUUCAAGAGUGUCGGGUAUGCGUUGGUUGCAAAAACAAGUCCUUUUAGAUAUAUUUAAGGAUGAAGACAUGGAUGUAAGCAGUGUUCAUGACGGGAAACACAUGAUGAAAAUGCGUCUUCCUGGUAAAAAAGUUCUUGUUGUUCUAGACGAUGUUGAUAAUGCUGACCAGCUUGAGGCGUUAGCCGGUGCAACUAAUUGGUUUAAGGGCGGAAGUAGAAUCAUCAUCACAACAAGAGACAAGCAAGUGCUGACAGCACACAGAGUGAAUAUGAUUCAUAAUGUCAGUUUCUUGUCGGAUGAGGAAGCAAUUUGCCUCUUUAGUAGGCAUGCAUUUGGGCGAUCUAUUCCAAUUCAAGGGUAUGAAGGGCUGUCAAAGAAAGUUGUUAAUUAUGCUGCUGGUCUUCCUCUAACGAUCAAAGUAUUGGGUUCGUUUCUGCGUGGUAAAGAAGAGUUUCUAUGGAUGGAUGCACUAACAAGACUAGAAACGAUUCCGAGUCAAGAAACUCUAAAAAAAUUGGAACUAAGCUAUAUCAGCCUAGAGGAUGAUCACAAGGAAAUAUUUCUAGAUGUUGCAUGUUUCAUGAAGGGGUUGCAGAAAGAGGAUGCAAUUAGAAUACUUGAAAGCUGUGGAUUACAUGCUAUAUAUGGUUUAACAGUACUUGAGCAAAAAUCUCUCAUAAGUAUCUCAAAUCAGCGUUUGAGCAUGCAUGACAGGAUAGAAGAAUUGGGCAGGAAUAUCGUUCGGCGAUCGCACCCCCGUGAGCCCAACAAACACAGCCGGCUCUGGAUUCGCGAGGAAAUUGAAGAUAUGCUGUCCCGUAAUGCGGGUACUGAUGCGACAACGUGUAUACGACUGGAGCAGGUGGAACUGAGUCCUGAAAUCGUUAUGAAAGGGCUUGGAAAUCUGCAGAAACUUAGAGUUCUUUUGCUCUCUGAGAUAGAUGAUGACUAUUUUGGUACCCAUCGGAAGUUUGAUCAAGUUAAACAAUACUUUCCAAAUGCGUUACAGUUUCUGAGUUGGGAGGGUUACCCUGUUUUGUCUUUACCACAAGCAUUUAAAGCAAAUAACCUUGUUGGACUUGAACUGCCUAGCAGCAGAAUCACAAAACUUUGGGAAAGCGGGGAAAGAAAGGUUCUUAAGAAGCUCAGGUUCCUGGACCUUAGUUUCUCAAAGUUGAGGACCCUCAACCUUGAUAUGACUCCGAAUCUUGAGAGGUUAAACCUUAAUCGAUGUUAUGAUUUGAGAGAACUUCAAGCGCCUGCUGGAUCUCUAGAAAAGCUUGUAUACUUGAACUUAAUUGGUUGCUCAAGGUUCAGAUCUUUUUCGUUUAUCAAACAAUUGGAACCGCUUGAGCUUCAGCUUCUUUCUUUACCUAAGCUAGACGUGAUUGUGGAGUCCUUGGGAAAAUUCCCAAGGUACUCCCGUGAUAAUCUGCCAAAGCUACAGUUUACCUGUUUUUAUCUUGAAAAACAUCCCCCAUCGACCGAAAAUGGUCAAAAGAGUGUCUCUCUAAAUCUUCAGCCUUGCACAAAACUUGAGAGUGUUUCAGGAAGCAUUUGUGGUUUAAAACACCUAAGAGAACUUACAUUCCAUGGCUGUAUUCCAGAGGUGCCCAAUGACCUCGACCAGUUACAAUGUUUGGAGAAGCUAAGCUUGUUGUCUACUCAUAUUACACGGCUUCCAGAUAGCAUAUGCAUGUUGAAGCAUCUGAGAUCUUUCAAACUUGAAUCUUGUCGGCUUCUUGAAGAGUUACCCAAGGAUCUUGGCCAAUUAGAAUGUUUGGAGAAGCUAAGUUUGUUGUCCACAGGUAUUAGACGUCUUCCAGAUAGCAUCUAUAUGUUGAGACGUUUGAGAUCUCUCAAAGUUAGAUCUUGUUUGCUUCUUGAGGAGGUACCCGACGAUAUUGGCCAAAUAGCAUGUUUAGAGAAGCUAAAUUUGUUGUCUGCACGUAUUAGAUGUCUUCCGGAUAGCAUUUGCAUGUUGAAGCAUUUGAAAUCUCUAGAACUUGAAUCUUGUGUGCUUCUUGAGAAGUUACCUGAGGAUCUUGGCAAGUUGGAAUGUUUAGAGAAGCUGAUCCUAACAAAGUGUAUCUCUCUAGAGCAUAUUCCAAACAGCAUCUGUAAGAUGAAACGUUUGAGAUAUUUAGAUCUCCCCUUUUGCAAUCAGGUGGAGAAAUUGCCAGAGGAACUUGGAAGUUUAGAGUGUUUAGAAGAGUUAAAUAUAAAGCACCGAGAGCAGGAGCCGAUUCGCAGAGAACUGUUGAGUUCCGAUGAUCUGGAAGCAGUCAACACACUCAAGGCUUUGCAUCUGAGUUCAAUCAGUUCGGCUUGUCUCGGAAACCUUCUGUUCCAUAUGCUGGAUGCAUGCUCAUCUAAGUCUCUUUUUAAUAUAAAGGCUAGGCUGUAUGUCCGGCGAUAUUGGUUGAACCGGAGAAAACAAUAUAAAAGCUCCCAAGAGCCAAGAAGAUAUUCAUGCAAGAAGACAUGA